ACAGAUUCAUGAUAAACACUCGAGCGCUUACACACACACACACACGCACACUACCGGAAACUCGGACUGAAUUUGACAGACUAGGGAUACUACGACUAAUCCAAUUAUUAUUGUUACUAACACUAACUCAGGACUAACUAGUGCUACUACUAAUAAUCAGCAUGGCGUAUUGGUGGAGUUUCUCGGCUGAGACGUGGGCUCUGAUCGUGAUCCUCAUCAGUCUCAUCCUGCUGUAUGGGUACUGGCCGUACGGUUUCUUUAAGCGUUUGGGAGUGUCUGGUCCUAAACCCAUACCAUUUUUAGGAACCAUGUUAGAAUAUCGUAAGGGAAUGCACACUUUUGAUCUGGAGUGUUUUCAGAAGUACGGCAAGAUUUGGGGUAUAUAUGACGCGAGACAGCCGGUCCUCUGUGUCAUGGACACAGAGAUCAUCAAAACUGUCCUGAUCAAAGAGGGUUACUCUCUCUUCACCAACCGCAGAAAUUUUCGUCUAAACGGUGCUCUGUACGACGCCGUGUCCAUCGCUGAGGACGAGGAAUGGAAAAGAAUCAGGAGUGUUCUCUCUCCAUCGUUCACCAGUGGAAGACUAAAGGAGAUGUUUGGAAUCAUGAAGUCACAUUCUCACUCUUUGGUUAAAAAUCUGCAGAAGGUGUCUGAGCGAGGAGAAUCAGCAGAUAUUAAAGAGUUUUUUGGAGCAUACAGUAUGGAUGUGGUGACGAGCACAGCGUUUAGUGUCGAUAUCGACUCCCUGAACAACCCCAAAGAUCCGUUCGUGACCAACAUCAAGAAAAUGCUGAAGUUCGACUUCCUCAGCCCUCUGUUCCUCACUGUCGUGAUGUUCCCCUUUAUUACGCCGGUUUUGGAGAAAAUGAAUUUUUCCUUAACCCCGACUGCAGUGACUGAUUUCUUUUACGCCUCAAUGCAAAAGAUCAAGUCUGAACGUGUGGCCAAGGAUAAUAAGAAACGAGUGGACUUCAUGCAGCUGAUGAUCGAUUCUCAGAAAUCAGAAAAAGAUGAUCUGAACAACAAAGAGACAAACAAAGGUCUGAAUGAUCAUGAGAUUCUGUCCCAGUCCAUGAUCUUUAUCUUUGCUGGUUAUGAGACGACCAGCAGCACUCUAUCAUUUCUCUUCUACAGUCUGGCCAGUAAUCCAGACACAUUGCAAAAACUCCAGAAAGAAAUUGAUAAAACCUUCUCUAAUAAGGCUGAAGUUGAUUAUGAUACAGUGAUGAACAUGGAUUAUCUGGAUGCUAGUAUAAGCGAAUCACUGAGGUUGUACCCAGUCCUCUUUCAUCUGGAAAGAGUCUGCAAAAAAACUAUUGAAAUAAAUGGCCUUACCAUCCCAAAGGACACUGUAGUCAUGAUCCCCACUUAUACCUUACAUAGAGACCCUGAAUUUUGGCCUGACCCAGAGACCUUCAACCCUGAGAGGUUCACUAAGGAGAACAAGGAGAGCAUCGAGCAGUAUGCCUACAUGCCGUUUGGUUUAGGACCCAGGAACUGCAUCGGGAUGAGGUUUGCCCUUGUGGUCAUGAAGCUGGCUGUUGUUGAGAUACUGCAGAGAUUCGACAUCAGUCUUUCUGAGGAGACGAAGGUUCCUCUGAAGCUGAACAACAGUGGCCUUCUGGUUCCUGAAGAGCCCAUCAAAAUCAUAUUCACACCUCGGAAAAAUUAAUGUUUUAUUUUUCUCUAGUAUCAAUACACCAUAACAUUAAAAGUGUAACUAUUUCAGAUUUCUUCAUUGCCCUUAUACCAAUAAGCACUAUGGCUAACAUGAAAGCAUGCAAAUAAUUUCCAGAGAAGCAUUUCAAGAACUGGUGUGUUUAGUUCCUGUCUGUUAACUACUUACUUUCCAUCAACCUAAUUGUCAUGUUUAAUUUCACAGUGUUUAAUGUUACUUUCAUACAGUUCUUUAAUCAUAUCAGUCUGGGAUUUAUUGUUAAAUUUAAAUUUAGCAUCUUUCUCUUUUUUUGUUCUGGUUGCCUGUAUUCUGUAAUCUAAAAAAGUAGAUGUUUAUCUCUAAAUGUUUUUGGGAAGUAUAAUAAAACACACAGUAGUUGAG